AUGAAGACGAAUGCUUCGGGUAUUCCGAAGUAUGCUAAGUACGUGAAGGAGAUAGUGGCUAACAAGAGGAGGUUCACGGACUAUGAAACUGUAGCACUUACUGAGGAGUGCAACUGUAAAAUUCAAAAUAGAUUACCCAAGAUGUUAAAAGAUCCGGGUAGUUUUACUGUACAAAUUACAAUUGGGCAAAGUGUUCAUUCCCGGGGGUUGUGUGAUUUGGGUGCGAGCAUUAAUCUCAUGCCUUUGUCAUUAUAUAAAAAGCUUCGGUUAGGUAGUCCAAAACCGACCACUGUCAUUCUCCAACUCGCUGAUAGGGCCAUUGCUAGGCCAGAGGGGGUAGUAGAGGAUGUGUUAGUACAAGUAGGUUCCUUGAUCUUUUCGAUGGAUUUUGUGGUCUUAGACUGUGAACCUGAUUCUGAAGUUCCAUUCAUUCUGGGACGUCUAUUCUUGGUUACAUGGAGGGCAUUGAUUGAUGUAGCAGCUGGGCAGUUAACUAUGAGGGCACAUGAUAAUGUUGAAGUGUUUGAUAUCUACCGCGCCUUGAAAUUGCCUUCCAUAAAUGAAGAGUUGUCCGCCAUUACGGUUGUAGAUCACGCAGUAGAAUCGCAACUCGUUACACCCGAUGAUACCUUAGAAAGAGUGUUAGUGGGGCAUAAUGUAGAUGGAGAUACUGAGGCUCAAGAGAUAGAGACGUUUUUAAAUCUAGCAGUUAUGGAGAUACAUAAGCGUAGAGUAGAGCCAUUAGAUUGUGAGUUAGGGCCUCCACCAAAACCCUCAAUCGAAGAAGAUCCUAAUUAG